AUGGAGGGAGGGGCGGCGGAUCAGCAGCAAGGGACGGCGUCGGGUCGUGGGAGGCGACGGAGAGCGGGCCCGGGGCUAGUUCAAAGGAAAGACGGUUCGACACUGGGGCCGGAGGAAAAGAGAGGGAGGGAAGCCCGUUGUGUGGCGAGGGAGAGAGAGGAGCGGAGUGAGAGGGAGUGGGCGAGGGUGGGAGAGGAAAUUCAGCCCAGGUACAGAGGGAUGCACAAUGCCGUUGCCAAUCAAUCAAUGGCCGUUGUGUUGUAUCUCAACCCAACCCAAAGACCGAGACCAAGCAAAAGACCAAGUCCCAGCGACCAACACACCACACACACCACUACGGCCAGCCAGCGUAGCCCUGGAGCUGGCACGGCCUGCGAGCCAUCCACUGUAAGAGGGACGUGUGGCAGACAUGGGGGCUACCCGGGGGGCAUCCAUGCAAGGGCCCUUCGGGGUACGGAGGUGCACGGCGCCGUGCGUGGGCCACCCAGCGCUGAUGCAGCUGAUGCUGUGGAUGCAGUGGAUGCAUCGAUGUAG